UUUUACCUAUUAUUUUCAAAAGUUUCAUUUUUUAUUUUACUUAUAAUUUUUAUUUCAUCAACAAUCCGAUAACUAUAAAUAUGGAAUUUGUUCGUCUGGAGGAGAAUUAUGUACGAAAAGCAUAUUCUGAAUUAAAUUUAGCAAAUAAAUAUCGGGGAAAAUUGUCUUUUGUUACAAGCUUUCUUAAAAAUUUGCCACAAAAUUCCUUAAUUUUGGAUAUUGGUUGUGGUGAGCAUAUACAUUUACGUCAAGAUUGUUUUACAAUUGGAAUAGAUAUUUGUUUGCCAGUUGAAAGAAAAGAAAAAUCAACAAAUUCAAAUUUUUUACUUUCUAAUUUAAUGUAUUUACCUUUUAGAGAGGGCGUUUUCGAUGCAAUUCUGCUUAUUUCUGUUCUUCACCAUAUCCCUGUUGAAGUAAGUAAAAAUGGAAAAGUAUCUCGCGAGCUAAAAAAUAUUUUGAUUUUAAAAAUAAUGCAGACACAAUAG